GCGAAGCGAAGGCGAGCGGUGCGGCCUGGAAGUUUGGAAGCAGGCAAGAGGAGGAAGAGGGCAGGAGAGGAGGGCUCGCAGCCCCGCCGGCCCCGGCAUGGCAGAGAAGCGGAGAGCCUCGCCUUGCCCCAUGUUGAGCCUCAAGGCUCACGCUUUCUCCGUGGAGGCGCUGAUCGGAGCCGAGAAGCAGCAGCAGCAGCAGCAGCAGCAGCACGCCCCUUUGCCGCUCGGCCCUGAACCCGCGCCGGUCGGGGCGGAUGCUGCGAGGGCCAGCAGUGGCCGAGCGUUGCCUCCCGGUGGCUGCGAAGAAAGCUUCCUGAACUCCGCGUCGCCCCCGCUGUCCCCCGGAGGUCCCGCCAAGACGGGGAGCCCAAGACCGGGCUCUCCUCUGCAAGUGCCUCGCGUGGACCUGCAGGGAGCAGAGCUCUGGAAGCGCUUCCACGAGAUCGGCACCGAGAUGAUUAUCACCAAGGCAGGAAGACGUAUGUUUCCUGCAAUGAGGGUGAAAAUUUCAGGCUUAGACCCUCAUCAGCAGUAUUACAUUGCCAUGGAUAUCGUUCCCGUGGAUAACAAAAGAUACAGGUAUGUGUAUCACAGCUCCAAAUGGAUGGUAGCUGGCAAUGCUGACUCGCCUGUGCCACCCCGUGUAUAUAUUCAUCCAGAUUCACCUGCCUCAGGAGAAACUUGGAUGAGACAAGUGAUCAGCUUUGACAAACUGAAACUGACAAACAAUGAACUGGAUGACCAGGGUCAUAUUAUCCUCCAUUCUAUGCACAAAUACCAACCACGUGUCCAUGUCAUUCGGAAAGACUGUGGGGAUGAUCUCUCCCCAGUCAAACCCAUUCCUUCAGGAGAUGGAGUGAAGGCAUUCUCCUUUCCUGAAACCGUUUUCACAACUGUCACAGCAUACCAGAACCAACAGAUCACCCGACUCAAGAUUGAUAGGAAUCCCUUUGCUAAAGGAUUUCGAGAUUCUGGACGUAACAGGAUGGGACUAGAAGCUUUAGUUGAGUCCUAUGCAUUUUGGAGACCUUCUCUGAGGACGCUUACAUUUGAAGAUAUACCUGGAAUUGCAAAACAAGGAAACACUGGCUCCUCCACUUUGCUCCAGGGAUCUGGCAAUGGUGUACCAACCACUCACCCCCAUCUCCAUCCUGGGUCCCCUUGCUCUUCUCCUGCCUUCCACCUUGCUCCCAACACUAGCCAGCUCUGCAGCCUCACUCCGGCUGACUACACAGCUUGUGCUCGCUCAGGUCUAGCCCUUAACAGAUACAGCACAACCUUGGCUGAAACAUACAACAGGCUUACAAACCAAACCAGUGAAGCCUUUGCAACCCCAAGGACUCCUUCUUACGUUGGUGUAUCAAGUGGUGCAACUGUGAACAUGUCUGUGGCAGGCAGUGAUGGUGAUGCCUUUAGCUGUCCCCAGGCAGGCUUAUCAAUGCAGAUUUCAGGGAUGUCUCCACAACUCCAGUAUAUCAUGCCUUCCCCAUCCAGCAAUGCCUUUGCCACAAAUCAAACACACCAGAGCUCCUACAAUACUUUCAGACUUCACAGCCCUUGUGCUCUCUAUGGUUACAACUUCUCCACAUCCCCCAAACUGGCCGCCAGUCCUGAGAAAAUCGUUUCUUCCCAAGGAAGUUUCUUGGGGUCGUCGCCAAGUGGAACCAUGACCGAUCGGCAGAUGUUGCCCCCUGUGGAAGGAGUGCACUUACUUAGCAGUGGGGGGCAGCAGAAUUUCUUUGACUCUAGGACCCUAGGAAGCUUAACACUGUCAUCGUCUCAAGUAUCUGCACAUAUGGUUUGAUAAAGCCUUUUUAAAAAUUAAAAGGACAGUGCACUGGUUCCUAUAAUGUAUUCAUUUUGGAGAAGUAUGUUAAAGGGACUGAUGUAUCAUGUAAGGUGUUUUAUGUUUUUAGUUUUUAAAACUCGGAUAACCAGAGGAAAUUUGAUUGAACCUUUUGACUUGCCUCUGGACAAGUAUUUGAAUAUGUGCUUGUGCUCUAAGCUAAAUCAUGUUUACUUGCAGAACAGCCUGUUUAGUUUCUUGAUAGUGUACACUUCAUUUUAUAACACGUUUGGCCAUAUGCAACAAAUUUAGCAGGACUUCCUCCAGUACUCUUCUCACCACAUCUUUCCCUCUUUAAAGAGCAAAACAACACUCAGGUCUCAUUUAGAUGAAACAAAGAACAUCACAUAUAUAUGCAUCCCAGAUAUACAUACAUAUAUGUGCAUAUGUAGCUAUAUGCAUACAUAACUUUUUGUAACAGCUGUUGCUGAAGUGUUCUUACCACAAUGAGUUGAAGCCAUGAUGCAUGCAUUACUUCUCUGUUGUAAGAGAGAUAAUAAACGCGUGUGCUUUCAUUAGGCUUAGUCCAGACAUCUAGCUGUGGCACAUUUUUAAAAGAAAGGGACGCAAUCAUUUUCCCUCUCAAGCUUUUAUGGCGCAUCUGGCUUUUCAGAACCAUGCCCUUGUUAUUAUUUUGCAUUGUUAGCAGAGGAACACCUACUGGUAUAGCAUCAAAGUUCAGAUUCAGGGGUGAGAAUCUAAAUUAAGCAGUGGGAAGGGCAAUAUGGAUACUUUUUCUGUACAGAAUGAAUUCAAAGGAGUUUUGCUCUAUGUGAGAGAAUAUAAAGAUUUUUCUAUAGAGACUUUUAUGUUUUAAAAUAUUAAAUAUAUGUUUGCAAAAAAUAAAAGACAGGCAGGACUUCUAAAAUUUCCAUAAAUAUUCUUUUUAAGGAUGAUGUUUAAGGUUUUAAGGUUGAUGUUUCUAUAAUGUAAUUUUGCAAGAAGUAUUAUGUCCUCCUGUUCUGUAAUGCUAUACAAAAGCAUGCCUACAUAUUUUUUUUUCCAUAUAGAUCUCACUUCUAGAUUGUUUUGAAUGUUACCAAAAAGCUGAAAAUGAAGCUUCAAAAGUCUGCGCCAUCUGAAAUACUUUAUUUCUAUAAAUGGAAUCCUCUACUGUCUUUACAACCUACUUCUACAUUGCAUGGGAUAAGAGCUUGGCAUCCCACAUAAGACAAGGAGCUGUAGUUAGUGAAGGGGAGGAAAAGGGUUUGCCUCAGUAAAUGUCCAGAAACAGCAGUGUAAAUUUUAAAACCCUAGAACAGGGAUGGAUAUGUGGCUCCCAGAUUGCAACUCCCACCAUCCUUCAUGAUAGACUAUGCUACUUAGGCAUGACAGAAGUUGCAGUCUGACAUCUGAGGGGUCAUAGAACUACAAGACAACCUUGUCAUAUGAAGUUUGUUUUUUUUUUUAAUGUGGUUUGUGCAGUAAGAUAAUCUGCAGUAUAGAUAUUUUCUACUCCGCUGUGAUGGCUCAAAGUUCUCCCAACUCCAUAUUUUGAGAUAGAUAGAUAUACAUUUCCCUUCAGUGUGCAAGCCCCUUACAAAUAAAACUCCAUUUGAAUAAACUAGGGUACAUGUGCAAUUUAUUUCUUCUUGAUUUUUCAUUUGAAUGUUUGUUGUUUUCACCAUAGGUCUUAACAGAAGUUU